AUGGCCGCCUUCAAGAACUCCAUUCUCAUCACAACCCUCCUGCCAAUUCGCCAUGUAAUGGCUUCACCCAUCCCACAAAUCUUCUCCCCUGAAAUGGGUCAACUCUCUUUUGCCGAGCUGAUCCAGCAGAGUCUUCGUCGAAUCCUUGAACGUGGUUUCGUUGGGGGCAUUUUAUACUCAAUUCUCAUUCUCGGUUGUCUGAUCUGUGCCUUGAUCUGCGUUUUCUGUGCCUUAUGGGCAAUUCUCGAGCGCAGGGAUUCUUCUUUCCAAGUCGGACGGCGUACACUAUUCUCAGACAAGAACGGAACAACUCACGAGGCGUCACCUACUUAUAAGUACCGUCCCCAGACUGAGACCAGGCUUUCAAGAUUCGUUUUAUCUUCACCCUCAUCCAAGACGACCUCUCCAGCCACGAAGAUCACGAUUCGCGCAUCCUCGGUGCGAAAAUCGAAAACUACUCCUCCGUCCUCCCCACCACCCUCAUCCUCUUCUUUGUCCCGCUCAACCCCCCUUCGCUCUGCGCUCUCCAAAACCCCUCCAUCUCAACCCUCAACCACCCAGUCGUUCUUCUUCGGAUCAAGAAGGAGGUCCAGUCCAGCCUCAAGUCCAAAAUCUGUCCGGUGGGCCGACGAUAUCGAAGUCUCGAUUUUUACAACCGUGGAGAUGAAAGUGGGCAACGAUGUCGACCCGGAUGAAUUUGACCUUGGAACUCCUAUCACCAGCUCUGUUGAGACAUAUAACAUGAGCAAUCUGAUGGGUGGCAGAGAGACUUUUAUUAAGUCUCGUGCACAAGAUCAUGAGAUAUUUCCAUCCACUGCAGUAUCGGACCUCGCGGGCGACAAAUGUUAG